GGGGCGGGGCGGGGCGGGGCCGCGCGGCGCCAUGGCGGACUAUGAAGCGGUGCAGCGCGGGCCGCUGCGGCUGAAGGGCGGCGGCGGGGGCCUGGCGGGCGGCAAGCGGAAGAAGAAGAAGGCGAAGGAUAAGGCCCAGAUCCUGGAGCAGAUCGUGAGCAGCAAGAAGCAGGAGGAGGAGAAGAAGCGCGGGCUGGACAAGCGGACCCCGGCACAGGUGGCCUACGAGAAGAUGCAGGAGAAGCGGCAAAUGGAGAGGAUCCUGAAGAAAGCCUCAAAAACCCAUAAGCAGAGAGUGGAGGACUUCAACAGGCACUUGGAUACGCUGACUGAGCAUUAUGACAUUCCUAAAGUCAGCUGGACUAAGUGAAUGGGCUGCUUUUCAAGGCUCUGGAUCAGCAUUUGGGUUUUGGUUGUAUUAAGCAAGGCUGCCAUGUAAAUCUGUGUAUUCUCCAUAUUGACUAUUUAAUAUAUCUUCUGAACAUUGA